AUGAAUAUCGACGAUGUCAUUGAUUGGGUCAUUAUACCCAUUUUAAAAUAUCCAAUUUUAUUAUUUUUACCAUUUAUGAGGUUUUAUGAUAAUUUACCUUUAUAUAUGAAUCUUUUACUGUAUUCAAUAAUUAUCAGAUUUGGUGGAAUAAUAAACACCUGGACAAAACUUAGAGGUGAAAGAUGGUAUAGAUUUAAUGAAAUGCAGAAUCUCAAAAUUUUGAUUACCGGUGGUAGUAAUGGAUUAGGUGAAACUAUUAUGAAAAAAGUAUUAGAAAGGGCUGAUAAUGUCACAAUAAUUAAUAUAGAUAUAGUACCUUCAAAACUAGAAGAUCCAAGAAUUGUUAAUUAUGUAUGUGACCUUACAAAUGAAGUUGCGGUACAAGAAACUUUGGACAACAUUAAAAUGGAACAGUGUACUGAAAAUUCAGGUAUCAAUGUUAUAAUUAAUAACGCUGGUAUGAGAAGCAAAUAUAGAUUUCUUGAUGAUGUAGAUCUGGAAUCAAUCAAGAACAUUUUACAAAUUAAUACUAUGGUACCUUUAAAAAUAGUGAAGGAGUUUUCUCCUGUCAAUAAACCAGAUCAACAAUGCUAUAUUAUUAAUAUUGCAAGCACGUUAGGUAUCCUUGGCCCUGCCAAGGUUGCAGGAUAUGCAGCUAGUAAAGCCGCCUUAAUUUCACUUCAUGAAUCAUAUCAAAAUGAAAUGGAAAUAAAAAAAAUUACAAACAUACGAUCAUUACUAGUUAUACCAGGACAAUUAAACACUCAAAUGUUCACAGGAUUUGAACCGCCAAAACAAUUCUUUGCACCAGUUAUCAAUGUUGAAAGAUUGUCUGAAGUAAUUAUAACUAAAUGUGAAAAUGGUGAGCGUGGUAAGUUAUGUGCUCCAUAUUAUUCAAAUUUUGCACAUAUUUUAAUGUCAUUACCAUUUGGCUUACAAGUUUUUGUUAGAAAAUUUUCUGGAAUGGAUGCAUGCUUACCUGACGAGUGA